UCAACGCAACAACCAGGGGCUUCGUCUGCUCAGCGAAGUUGAGACAACACGUCUGGAAACGCAUUGCCUGGAUACUGGAUUCAUGUGGCACCUCCACGCUCGCAAUUCUCUUCUCUUGCGGCGGCGGGGGACUUUUUUCUUUAUCGGUUUGCGAAAGAAACCCGUUUUACUUUGGGAAAUGCGUUGGUAGACACUAAUAGUUGAGUUGCAACCAUUAAACGCCCAGUAAUUAAGUACCUGCAGAUCGACUGCAGGGGAGGUUUUUUUUUUUUUUUUUUUUUUUUUUAUUAAUUAAACCAGCAAGGAUACUGCAGAGCACCUUAAACAAUCCGGAUCUUCACAGAAGUGAAAAAUGCUCAGACUAGAGACCAUCAUUUGCACUUUUUCUGUGCUGUCUGUUGCAGCACGAGCAGAUUUCAAGGCACGAAACUGCAGCGAGGUGAGGGAGGCUUGUGUCGGGAAAGGCUUCAGCUUCACACAUGUUCCCAUCCAGGAGAUCCCAGGUGAACAUCUUCGGGUGUGUUCUCAGGGAAGCACAUGUUGCACCCAGGAAAUGGAGGACAAAUUUGGCCAACAAAGCAAACAGGACUUUGAGAAUCUAGUGGAUGAAAUUAGUCAUGAAUUGAGAAGCACCUUUGUUUCCCGACAUAAAAGAUUUGAUGAGUUCUUCCUGGAGCUACUGGAGAACACAGAGAGGUCCCUGAAUGAGAUGUUCGUGAGGACUUACGGCAAGCCUUACAUGCAGAACUCGGAGGUCUUUGAGAACCUGUUUGCAGAGCUCAAGCGCUAUUACACAGGAGGAAAUGUUAACCUGGAGGAAAUGCUUAAUGACUUUUGGUCGCGGCUACUGGAGCGUAUGUUCACGCUGCUCAACUCCCAGUACGUCAUCACUGAGGACUAUCUGGAGUGUAUCAGUAAGUACACUGACCAGCUUAAGCCCUUUGGAGACGUGCCCAGGAAGCUCAAGGCUCAAGUUACCCGGGCAUUCAUCGCUGCACGCACAUUUGUCCAAGGGCUCUCUGUUGGCCGGGAGGUGGCCCAGAGAGUGUCUAAGGUAAGCAGCACUCCAGCAUGUAUUCGGGCACUGACCAAGAUGCUGUACUGCCCCUUUUGUCAGGGCAUGCCGGCAGUUAAAUCCUGUAAGAACUACUGCCUGAAUGUUGUGAAGGGCUGCCUGGCCAAUCAAGCUGAUCUGGAUCCAGAGUGGAACCUGUACAUUGAUGCCAUGCUGCUGGUGGCGCAGAGGCUGGAGGGACCUUUCAACAUUGAAUCUGUCAUGGAGCCUAUUGAUGUCAAGAUUUCAGAGGCCAUCAUGAAUAUGCAAGAUAACAGUGCCCAGGUCUCCUACAGGGUUUUUCAAGGCUGUGGCCAGCCAAAACCCGCAGGAAUGACUAGGUCUGCCCGUGGUGUUCCGGAUGUGUUCCACGCUCGCUUCAGGCCGUACAGCCCAGAGGAACGGCCUACCACUGCAGCUGGCACAAGCCUAGACAGACUGAGGAUUGUUUGGAAUGCGAUGCAACACAGUGUGGUUGACAUAAAAGAGAAACUGAAGCUGUCAAAGAAAUUUUGGUCCAACCUGCCUGAGGCCAUGUGUGUGGAGGACAGAGUGACCGCUGGAAAUGCCAGUGAUGAGGAGUGCUGGAAUGGACACACCAAGGGCAGGUACUUCCCUGAAGUUCAAAAGGAUGGACUGACCCACCAGGUGAAUAACCCUGAGGUGGGCGUGGACAUCACCCGCCCAGACACACUCAUCCGCCAGCAGAUCAUGGCUCUGAGGGUGAUGACCAACAAGUUGAAAAACGCCUACAACGGCAAUGAUAUCUACUUUCAAGACUCAAGCGAUGAAGGUAGCAGCUCAGGCAGUGGCAGCGGCUGCACAGAGGUCUGCCCCACAGACAUGGCCGGCGCUGCCACCGAAGCCCCGGUGGUGGAAGCCGACCGGAGCGGGCCUGUGGAUGACUCUGCCCCGCUCUGUGCACCUCUAGCCCUGCCAACCAUUCUGGCCCUCUCAGCCCUGGCACUCCACCGACAAUGGAGAUAAUGUUGGAGGAACCGGCUAAACAUGGACAUGCUGAGGGUUUUUUCUUUUCUUUCUUUUUUUUUUUUGCAGUUUUUGUAUUGAGGCAGAUUGGAGCUACAGUCAAGCAGACAGUAUUUAGGCUGCCAGUCUGGAGGAUAGAGGAGUCUGCUCUGAAAAAAGAGCAGUCAUGCAUCGUGAUUUCCCACUUUCCCAAAGAUCGUGCAGUGCCAUCCUUAGACUUGACAUUUUAUGGCAUCACUUCACCACCUAACACUGAUGCCAACCCAACAAACUCUGCUUCAGAGAUGUCUUGCACAUAUGGCAGGUAUUAAUGUAGGUCUCCAUGUGGAAAAAUAUAACACGCACUUUGAUUGUUUUCAUUUCUUUUUUUUUAUGCAAAAAUUGUUUGUGUGUUGGAAAAUGUUGAGAAUGUGGUUAUUUGACGUACCUAAAAGUGGCCGAAGGAGUUUUGAAACAAAUACAAGAGACGUACAAUUCUGGAACAUGUGGUUUCCACCUAUUUUGAUUGAAUCCUUGUUCCAUUGCCAUUAAAUCAUGUGCCAAUUAUUGAUUUUUGAUCAAAUCCAUGUUUGUUUUUGGAUCAGAUUCAGCCACUGAAUCAUGUUGCUUCAUAUUAUAUUUCUCAAGUAAUUUCAACCAUGACCUUUGACAAGAUUUUAGGUUAAGCAUAUCAUCGGUUGAUCAUGGGUCUGCUGUGUUCAAUGGCCGCCUUGUGCUAAAACUCACAUUUUGUUAAAAGGGAUAAGAUUUACCUUUUAUAUACUCGUUUGCCUUGCAACACAUUUGUUAUCUGCACAAUAUUCACAUAUCAUGCUGGUUUGUCAAGCUUGGCUUCAGGAGUAGACGGCCUCGACAGAAUUUAUUUGGAGCAAUUAUUGACAAACAGAGAAGAUAUCACCAAUAUCAAUGGUUCUGUGGUGUGGUGGGGUGCAUGUCCUGGUGUGAAUUAAUGAAUUAAUGUCCAAGAUGGCUAAACUAAAUAUAAUCCCCACUAAUAUAUAUGUUUUCAUUAAUCAAUAAUAUAUUUCUUUUAUUUUCUUAUCAGUAGGGGUUCAUGUCUCUUUUAAGUGAGUAGUCACCCAGUGUCUUAAGUUCUAUCUAACGACUUACCAGCACUACUGAUCUGCAAGCAAAAGCCCUCAAUAAAGAGUUAAUCACAUCAACCUUUUAUAAAAGAUAUGUAAAACAUACUGUGUGGACAUUGAAAGCUUUAUAAAGGCACAGUAAUUGAAAAUCAUGACCAUGGUCUAUAAAUGUGUAAAUAGACAUUGCAGCAUGAAAAGCACACCCUUUCAAUACAGAAUCACCAUCACAGAUAUACUCAUUUCCAGUAAUUGGAGCCUAACUUUUUUUCUUCUGCAUCCUCAGAAUAGUCUCCAAGUAUUUCCACAAGUAUUACACAUUUUAGAAGUUCCAGGAAUUCUUGAUUUGCAUACAGGAACAAAAAAAGGUGCCACUUUUGCAUGCGUGAUUGACUCUGCAGAGCUUAUCCUGUAAUAGCUAUCAAAGUUUGGAUGAUAUAGCUGUUAAAAUUCAUUGUAGUGUUUAAAAAAACUACGAAACUGAAAUACUGUCAGGCAGGAAUAAAAAGUUACGUGUUGCUAUUUCUGCAAAUGUAUUACCACAAGUAUUUAAAGUGUGGGGGAAUUAUUAAGAGAGGAAGUUGCAAACAGCUCACAGUGGUUACAGGAAAUGCAAAGAAAGGGCCCCUAGAUGUAUCUGUAAAGCUUGAAUGGUUGUGUCUGCAGCACAGACAGACUGGAAGCCGACCACAGUCACCUGUGAAAUGAGAAUCUGUGGAGACCGGACAGGCCUGAAUGCUUCAGUGAAGCUCCUCAGUAGAGCGUACUUACAGAGAAUGUGAGAGGCCUGGCACUGCUGAGGGGGGCGGACAAAACCAGCCUGUAUGUACGUCCACUGUUCUCUGAGAGCCCGUCGGCUCCAUAAGAACAGGCCAGCUAAGCUUACACAUCCAAGGAAUUAACUAGUGUUAUGCCCUUCGCAGUAUAUCAGUAAAUAUUUGUUGAGCGUUUCUUUAUUGCAUUUAAGUCUGCGUUUACAUCCACAUUGCACGAACAAAAAAUGUAGAGAAAAUAUGUCAAAGGUGUCAUUUAAAAGGAUUCUUUAUUAUGAAUAUUGAUCUCGCAGGAUGCCCUUUUUAUGUUUUGUAUCAUUGAACUUUUAUUGGUAAUAUUUUUGCAAUAAAAUAUUGAAAAUGGGUGUCUGGUGAGACGAAUUAUCUGAGGUUAUAAAUCAACAUUUUUUUCGCAAUCAAUGCAUUUCUGUGCGAAGUGAAAUCCUAAUGAGGUGACGUUUGUUUGGUGUUUGAAUCUAAUUUCAAACUAAGAGAGGAGAAGAACUAGUUGAGCAAAUAUGCCUUAUGGUUUUCCAGUGCAAUUGAGGUGAUUACAUUUGUGUUUUGUUACUGUUAUUGAGAAUAAAUAUUUAUUAAAACA